AUGAUAAUAUUUAUUAGUAGACCAGUAUAUAAACACAGUAAAACUUCAGCUUUCCUCAAAUUCUGUUCUAAAAAACAAUCAAGUGACUUCGCUAAACUAAAACAUUUAUUGAAAGCUGCUAAACAAGUGGUGGUAUUAACUGGUGCCGGGAUUAGUGCUGAAUCUGGAGUCCCAACGUUUCGAGGACCUGGUGGAUUGUGGAGGAAACUUGACGCAACUCUUCUUGCUAACCCUUCAGCUUUUAGAGAAGAUCCAGGUCUCGUUUGGGAGUUCUAUCAUUAUAGACGGGAGUUGGUUUUGAAGGCGAAACCAAAUGCGGGGCACAUAGCCAUAGCAAGUUACGAAGCAAGACACGUAUCAGAUAAGAAGGUGACCGUAAUAACGCAGAACGUGGAUGGUUUACAUGCGAGAGCAGGCACUAAGAAUAUUAUAGAACUGCAUGGCAAUCUGUUCAAGACACGAUGCACUAAAUGUAAUGAGGUGCUGGUGAACACUGAUAGUCCGAUAUGUGCGGCACUAGCGGGCACCGGCUCUCCAAACUCCGACAAACUUAUUUCCGACAUAAAAGAAAAGGAUCUGCCUCAUUGUACGAAACCUGACUGUGGUGGCUUGCUGAGACCACACAUUGUCUGGUUUGGAGAAUUCUUGGAUCCGAAAACUUUGGAAAAAACUGAUAUAGCAAUAUCACAGUGUAACGUGUGCCUAGUUGUUGGAACAUCGUCUAUCGUGUAUCCUGCUGCCGCUUUUCCAACUGUCAUGUCUGCCUCCGGGUCCAUAGUAGCGGAGUUCAACAUUGAGCCUAGCCCGGGCACGCCGAAAUUCGACUUUUACUUCCAAGGACCUUCAGCAACGACUUUACCGCAAGCUUUGAGCGAUUAAAACUCAUAUUUACUACAA